AUGAUUAUAAAAUCAUUACAUGAUAACGCAUGGUGUAUUGAGAAACAAAACCUUUCUUUGGCUUUAUCACUUUCUGUUCCUCUGCCCAGUGAUGUCCACCAAUCCAUUCCUACUGUGCUUGCCUUCGACAAUAUUGAUAGGCUUGAAGAAACUCUCAAGGGAAGUGGGACUUCUCACAGAGUUAAUGGCAUAAUAAUUCAACCAUUCACUGAAAGUUCUAUCACUAGAUCACAAAAUGCUCUCCCUACUUUGGCGCCUAUCAAUGAGAAGAUAAGGAAAAUAGAAAUAGAUGAUCGACCUCUCCCAUGCUACAUAGAAAAAACAAGAAAUGGGCCUCUACCAAUCGAAGCAGCCGAUCUUCCUGUUGAGUGUGCAUCAUCUGUUGAUGAAGCAAAACAUAAGAACUAUGUAUGGUUCUUAACAAGACUUGUGGAACCCAAAACCCAAAAAACCUACAGGUUGAACUAUUUGCCAACAAUAGACAGCCCCGCCACGGAAAAGGCAACAGUUCUACAAAUUCUGAGACGAAGUGAAGAAAUAAGAAAAUACUUGCAGAUGGACUGCAUAGUAGUUGUAAUGGACCAAGCCCUAUACUGCAAAGCUGUUGAAAUAUUAUGGGCACAUCAACAAGAACAAUCAUGGCGAAUCUUUCCCAUGAUGGGGAACUUCCACACAAUUUGCAACCUUCUGUCUAUCAUUGGUUUACUAUUUGGUAAUUACGGACUUCGAGACCUAGCCGUAGAUUCAGGUGUGAUAGCAGAGGGUUCCAUAGAUAAAGUUCUGGAUGGUAAGCACUACAAUCGCGCUAUUCGCUUACACAAGCUCGUCUAUGAAGCCUGCAUGAUAGUUCUCUACUCUGGGUUUUUGGAAUGGCUGGAUUCAAAUGAGUUGAACCUUGCCCACGUCUCACAAUGCUUCACUUCUCUAUGUCAUGAGACGAACUAUGUAUCCCAUAACUCUAUUCUCCAAGAUGAAGAUGUUCGAACCAUUCUAAAGUAUUUUGACAACUACUUGACACAUCUUCGGACAAGUAAUGGAGCAAUGUCGUCAUUUUGGAUGAAAUACAUCGACCUUGUAGAGAUUGUUUUAGCUUUUCUUCGAGCUAAUCGGGAAGGAAAUUGGUUCUUGUUUUUAGCAGCAGUUGAAAAAAUGGUGCCUUGGUGUUUUGCACUGGAUAGAGUGAACUACUCACGAUAUCUAUCAUACCACUUCCUUGAACUAACUAAACUAGAAAAGGAUAAUCUUUUUGUUCACCAAUACUUUGUAGAUGGAGGUUUUUCAGUUCAAUUGAGAAGCAACAAUUCCUUUUCUAGAAUUCCAGUGGACCAGGCCAUCGAAGAAACUGUGAACAAAGAUACCCAAACUCCUGGAGGUACUAAGGGUUUCAGUCUGAAAAAGCAAGCAGUAGCACGGUAUUAUGUUAAUGCUGAGCAUAGAGCUUCUGCACUCAGAAACCUUCGCAGUAUUCUAUCAUCCAGCAAAACAAGUCAAUGCCACCCUGACCUCAGGAGCCAACGAAUAAUCAUAGAUGAAAAAGACGUGACAGCUCUCGCUGAACUUCUGGCUAACGAGUGGACGAACCCCUUCGAUAACAACCCUUCAGAUAUUGUACAUUUGUCUACUGGAAUAUCUGUUGAUGAAUCAACAGCUUCAGAUCUCAUUGAUUCAGAGACAAAAGGGAAAAUAGCUUAUCAAGAGUUCACGUCUCGGCUAGCUAACGGAGAAGGGUUUCAUAAACCUAUAAAAAAAGUUGGUUUGAAGAUAAGUAGAACAAAGAAGAGCAAAACAACUGAGGUCGGAAACAAAGAAGUAAUACUCCAGUGCGACCGGAAUCUAUUCAGCAGAAUGACAUAUAUUGCAGAAAACCAACAACUAGACAUGAAGGAAGUGUUCAAAUAUCCUCUUGCGCCGUUUCCAUGGACACUGGCGAAUGUCGAUGGGUCUCUAAAGAAAACCUGCAAAUCAGUGUUUGCCCAUUUUUUAGAAAAAUACACUACUCCUGCCAGUCUUCCAGAAAAAGAAUCGGCCUGCUUGAUUGAUGCAAUGGCUGUGCUACAGUCCAUAAAAGGGGAACAAAAAACGUUCGAGGAAUUGUCAAUGAUUGUUUUUAAGCAAGUUUUGAAUAUAGGUCGAAAUUGCUGUAGGGUUGACAUAGUAUUCGAUGUUUACCGAGAGGUUUCGAUCAAAUCAUUGGAGCGAGAAAAAAGGGGAACCGCUGAAGGUAUCAAAUUUAGUGAAAUUAAGGGUGGCCACAAAGUAGUUUGUUGGAGAAAGCUGUUAAGAAACAGUGAAAGCAAAAAUAAAAUGAUCAAAUUCUUUGUAGACAGUUGGAAAGAGGAUAAAUUUAGAAGUAUAAUUGGAAACCAAGAAAUCUUCGUAACAGUCGGUGAAAUGUGCUUUAGGAUCACGUCUUUUGAAAGCAAAACUGUUCCUGAGCUUUUCUGCACUCAAGAAGAAGCAGAUUCCAGAAUGAUGCUGCAUGCAAGAAACGCCGCUUCAUCAUAUGAAUCAGUUCUUUGCUUCUCGAACGAUACGGAUGUAUUAGUUUUGGCAGUUGGUUUAUGCAAAACCAUUAAAAGCAAGAGCUUAUGUAUUGUGAAGAAACAUAAAAUUGUUUUGACAGUUAUUCAAGUUUCCCAGAUAGUAGCUGCUUUGGGUGAACAGCUUGUUACUGCUCUCAUUGGGUAUUAUUGCUGGUCUGGCUGCGAUACAGUAAGUGCUUUUGCUGGUCAGGGAAAAGUUAAAGGAUUCAAGCUUUUAUGCAAAAAGGAACAAAAAUGUAUCGAAGCGUUCAGCAAAUUAGGCAGAGAUUGGGUGCUGUCUGAUGAUGUUGAUAACAUCAUAGAAGAAUUCGUUUGCCAGUUGUAUGCCCCCAAAUGCAAGGUGAAAUCUGUUGAUGAGCUGCGCUAUCAGAUGUUCAGAGGAAAGGAGGGUCAAAUUGAAAGCUUUCAAAUGCCUCCUUGUAAAGACACUUUGAGACAACACAAUAAACGUGCCAACUAUCAAGCCGGAAUUUGGCUCAGAAGCCUGGAAACCAAACCGCUAAUUCCAGAUCCUUUCUCUCAUGGGUGGGAAAAGGACAUAUCAGGUAACUUAUCUGUCAAGUGGAUGGAAGGCUUGCCAGCACUGGAGUGCGUACUCUCCUUUCUGCGGUGCCACUGCAAGAGCAACUGUGCACCAGAAACUUGCUCGUGCUUAGCAACUCAAAUCCGAUGCACCGAGAGCUGUGGGUGCAAGGGGUGUACCAAAGAAACAGCAGAUGAGGAAGAGUGUAAUUAUAAUAACUAUAAUAGUGAUUCUAGUGAGGAAGAUUGA